AUGUUUCCUCCGUCUGGUGCACAGAGCGGCGGUGCUCCCAUCCGCGCCACUGACAAUGAUGCCGCUGUGGCACGGCUAUCUGCUGUCCAGAAGCACUAUCUCCAGGAUCCAUACAUCAAACAUCUGGUCCCUCGGGCGCACCUACUCCCUCCACACCCGCCGCUGAUCAACAUCGGAACCUACGUCAGAACUGCAGCAAUAGACUCUUUGGUCGACCAAUGGCUUCAAUUAGCCAGCAACGCUGGGCAGAAAUGCCAGAUCGCAGGGUCUCUAGAGGACAAUCUGCAAGUGUAUGUCGAGGUCGACUUUCCUGAAAUCACCACCAAAAAGGCCAUGGCGAUAAAGAAGCACAAGGAGCUCGUAUCGCUUUUAGGUGACCCCAGUCAGGUGUCUCUCGCCCAGGGAGGUACUGCCCUGCGUUCACCAAAAUAUUACCUCAUUCCAACGGAUAUACGACGACCCCCGUCUGAAAUGCUUGAAUCUUUCUUGUACUCUUCCUUCGAUGCAGAGCACCCAGCAAUCCUCGAUCCCUCAAUACCGACGUUGCUUCUCUUCGAAUGUGUUCUUGCUUACAUGUCACCUGUGGAUUCCUCUAGGCUCCUUGACUGGUUCGUCAAGGUACAGCAAAAGCAUAAUGGUGUCUUGGGAUGCAUUGUCUAUGAAAUGUUCGGCCUGAACGAUUCUUUUGGGCGAGUCAUGGUCAACAACUUGAAGGAGCGUGGAAUCUCGCUACCAGGAGCUGAUCCUUAUCCGACGGUCGAGAACUUGCCCAAUCGCUUCCUCCAGACCGGGUUCUCGGCGGCGCACGGUCUGACUCUCAAGGAGAUUAGAAGAGCAUACAUCGAACCUUCAGAGCUUGAAAGGCAUGGAUUCCCUGUAGAGACACUGAGCUUUUUAUUGACCAAAGGUCGGACAGGAUCUCACACCUUGAAUUCCUGGACGAAAUAG